AUGCGGAACCUCAAUGGGUACGAGAUCAAUGGACGCAACCUCCGGGUGGACUUUGUCGAUGGUAAGGACAAGUCUGGAGGGUCCGAACGAAAACGUCACGAGACUGGAAGCCAUAAUGGGGACAGUCUGGAGGGUCCGAACGCAAACGUCACGAGACUGGAGGCCAAUCUCGACCUGGGGGAGCUACUGGUAGCAACUUUUGGGGCGAGGGCGGGCACCCGACGAUGGGGACUGGAGAGAUGGCGAUCCAUGCAAUCGAGUCGGCCAUCUCUCGGUUCGGACCAGUCAAGUUGUACGACAUGUUGGUGCAGCUGA